AUGUCAUCGUGUAAACAACCUGCGGUUUUUGUUACUCAUGGAGCUGGUCCUUGUUGGUUUGUGGACAGCAAUGACUUUCCAUCAUUUGCUGGUAUCGAUAAAAAUAGUGCCGGUGCAAAGUGGUUUAAACAGUUACCUCAUCAACUUGGUCAAAAUGAGCAAAAUAAGCCAAAAGCAAUUCUGUGUAUUACUGCUCAUUGGGAAACUCCUGGUGUCGUCAGUAUUAGUGCACAAAGUCAACACACUGACCUGUAUUAUGAUUAUAGCGGCUUUCCAAAGGAGACGUAUGAAAUAAAAUUUCAACCAAAAGGCGAUCUUCAAUUAUCUCAGAAAGUUUUCGACUUAUUGAAACAAUCUGGUAUUAAUGCCGUAUUAAAUACUAAACGAAAUUUUGAUCAUGGCGUCUUUAUUCCAUUGAAAUUAAUGUAUCCAGAAGCUGAUAUUCCCGUUGUUAGUAUGUCCAUUCUCAGCAACUAUUCGCCAGAACAACACAUUGCUAUAGGUAAAGCCCUGUCACCUUUAAGGGAACAAGGAGUAUUAAUAAUUGGAUCUGGAUCAAUCACACACGGACGAGCUUCUCGAGCACAAAGUCACGAAUUUGUUGAUGCAAUCACAAAUGUCUUACAGACAUUGUCAUCAAAUGACAGAGAGCAAACAUUGGUCAACUGGACUAUGCUACCAUACGCACGAGAAAAUCAUGGUCGCGAAGAUCAUUUGAUUCCACUACAUGUGAUUCUAGGAGCAGCUGAUCAAGAUAAGUGUCAACUAUUAAAUCAUCAUCUAUCAAAGACUCUGGCAGCCUACGCAUUUUUAUAA